GUAAUAUGACCUCAUUUCCGGAACAAUGGCUGCCAAAACAAUGGCAAGAAUGUUUACAAACCCUGAACCAAAUUUAACUCAGCUCCAAAAAUAUAAAGUUCGGGUAUUUAGUCUGUCAGGCGUCUUGUGAAGUAUGCCGUGAAUAAUGAGCCUCGGUUACGGCGUGAAUUUAUUUAUUUAUUUAUUUAUUUAUGAAGUGCGACACCACUUACUUAGAUAGCUAAUUCUAAUGUUAGCUUAGCUUAGCUUAUCUUAGCUACAACAGGUGCUCACUGGACCAGAACCAGAGCACAUCAUGCUAAUAGUCAACUGUGUCAGAUACUAAUGCGUUAGAAUUAACAAUAAUCCUGCUGAUUAUCCGCUCUUAUGAAGCAGCACUGAACGCUAGCUGACUGCAGAAUGUCCAGUCCGAACGCGAACACACCAGGACCUGUAGCGCCAUCAGAGAAGGUGGAUCAGGUCAUGCAGCCGGUUCUGUUUGAAGUCUUUGGGGAGAUCUGGAAGGUACAGGCUCGGCUGGGACAGGGAGGUUCUGCUUCUGUGUACCAGGUGAGCUCGGUCAGGUCCAGCUCUGCUGCUGUGAAAGAGUUCCUGCUGGAUACACAAGGCGGGGAUUACGGCUAUCUCAAAGAAAGAUCCGUGCUAGAGGACAUCCAGGGCCAUAAAAAUAUCGUGACGCUGUAUGGUGUGUUCACCAAUCACAACCAGCUCGGCGUAGCGACACGCUGCUUGCUGCUGGAGCUUCUGGAUGUGAGCGUGUCAGAUUUGCUGGUGAGAGGAAGCAGUCAAGGCCACUCCAUGUGGCUGAUCCAGCACUGCGCUCGUGAUGUCCUGGAGGCGCUGUGCUUCCUGCACCGAGAGGGAUACGUGCACGCUGACCUCAAGCCUCGCAACAUUCUCUGGAGCCCUGAUGACGAGUCCUUCAAGCUCAUCGAUUUUGGGCUCAGCUUUAAAGAGGGGCACCAGGAUGUGAAAUACAUCCAGACAGAUGGGUACCGAGCCCCUGAGGCUGAGCUACAGAACUCACUGGCUCAGGCAGGGCUGGAGGGAGACUCAGGCUGUACCACUGCUGUGGAUCUGUGGAGCCUGGGCAUCAUUCUGCUGGAAAUGUUCUCAGGAAUCAAACUAAAAGAAACCGUCAAGUCUCAGGAAUGGAAGGACAACAGUGCUGCAAUAGUGGAUCACAUCUUCUCAAGCAAUUCUGUGGUGUACCCUGCUAUCCCUGUCUACCAUCUGAGAGAUCUCAUUAAAAGCAUGCUUCACCACAACCCGAAUGGCAGAAGCACAGCGGAAGCUGCACUGAUCAGCCCCUUCUUCAGUAUUCCCUUCGCCCCUCACAUCGACGACUUGGUUCUUCUGCCUACACCCAUCCUCAGACUGCUCAACGUGAUCGAUGACAGUCAUUUACACAACGAUGAUGAAUACGAAGACAUUAUUGAGGACAUGAGAGAAGAGUGUCAGAAAUAUGGAUCAGUCUUAUCGCUGUUGAUUCCAAAAGAAAAUCCCGGUAAAGGCCAGGUCUUCGUCGAGUAUGCAAACGCCGGAGACGCCAAAGAAGCCCAGAGGCUGCUGACAGGCCGUACGUUCGAUGGCAAAUUUGUGGUGGCCACUUUCUAUCCACUGAGUGCCUAUAAAAGAGGUUACCUGUACCAAACCGUGCAGUAAGGGGGACUUACACAAUAACAAUAACACAAUCUACACAAUCUGUUCCAGUGUGAAGAUUGCUCAGUUGUAAAAGACCAUCCUGCUAUCACGAGUAUCUCGGAUCAUCUUUACUAUAAAAAAAACUACUUUUUUUUAAUGUGUGCUCAAUAUACAUAUAGUUUUGUUCUAUAUUUCUAUAGAAAUAAAUUUCUUCUUCCAUG